CAGUCUACAUCUGUAUGCUCACGGGAUCGUGAUGGAUAAUUUACGGCUGCAUCUCAGGAUAUUUUCGGAUUGUUGACGUUGAAGGAUCGCGGCAUAUGCAGCGAAGAUGUCAAUGACUGAGCAAAAUCUUGGGGUUCCAGUGGUAAUACAGUUUUACAGGCAUCUCUUUUUCUGCCGUGAUUAUGCCGACUUCAACGACCGUGUCGCUAUUAAUAUCGUCUUGUCAUAGUCUUGCUGGCGCCGUGGAGCUGAUUUGGCGGUCCUGAAAAGUAUUAAAGAAGCCCACUUCACUGAAUCGCACCCCAACCCCAGUCCCUGAACAAAAAGUCCUCGAGUCACUAAAACAUGCAGUUCACAUCUUUCAUCUCCCUCGCUGUGCUCUCUGUCGGUCUUCUGAUCGGUCAGUGUGCAGCACUACCUACGUCAAGAUCGAGCGCUUCAUCUAACGCUUGUGUCUUGUCCCCCGAUGUUGCUCGAACUGACUACGUCGCCAACCCUCCUGUACGCCAGGACGUUACUGAUGGACAAGUUGGCAUCGCAUUCACGCUCGAUAUCACCGUUAUGGAUGUGACUACCUGCGAGCCUUUCUCCAAUGCAAUGGUUGAACUCUGGUCUCCCAACGCUCUGGGAGAAUACGGUAAUUUCCUUCGUGGAGCUUUCACUACGGCAUCAAACGGCGUUGCUGAAUUCCAGACUAUUUUCCCCGGGUAUACCUCAGAUGGCGCCAAUCAUAUGAAUAUUGCCGUCCACCAGACUUCGGACAUUUCUUCGCCAAUUGUGCACACUGGAGAGCUGUUUUUCACUGACCCCUGGACCAACAUCAUCGCCAUGUCGACCCCUUACAACCAAAACACCAAUACUCGCAUUAUGGACGCCCAGGAUCCAGACUACGCCACGGCUAACAGCAAUGGAAGCAAUGCCAUUAUCAGUGUUUUGUCCAUCCAAGAUGACUGGCCGGAAGGCAUUAUUGGAACAAUCACUGUCGGGGUUAACCCAUCCAAGCUUGCUGUCUAAGUAGUGUACAUAAUCCAAAACGAAUUUGUAAAAGUAAAUUGAAUUGAAAUUAACGCGACGCGUACUUGGCACAUGGC